AUCGAAUGCUUCUCACCCCCAGUAGAAGAAACAGGUUAUUCGUAGUAUUUGUGCGCGUUUUAAUUUUCCUGAAAUGGAAUUUUCUGCCGAUCUUCCGCUUAUGGAUAUACUUACAUUUAUGACGGAUGAACUUCAACAAGCAUAUGAAAACGGCAAUGGUAAAACUGAGAAAGUCAAUGUGCUUAUGGAAUUUUUUGAGCGAUGGGAGAGCGACAAUUCAAUUAAAAUUCUGAAGUCUUUUAACUUUGAAUUUGAACCUGACUUGGAUUGGUUUAAUGUUAGUCGACCAUUGUCGUUAGCUGGACUACGAGGAAAAAUAGUUGUUCUUGACUUUUUUACAUAUUGCUGCAUUAAUUGUAUACACAUAUUACCCGAAUUGCACAGUUUGGAAGAACAGUUUCCCGUCGAAAGUGGACUUGUAGUCGUAGGUGUGCAUAGUCCAAAAUUUGAAAAUGAAAGAGCCACUGUUAACAUUCAGUCAGCUGUGCAUCGAUAUGGAAUCACACAUCCCAUUGUUAAUGAUUCCAGAUCAGCCAUGUGGCGCCUCCUGGGAAUAUGCUGUUGGCCAUCUCUAAUGGUUCUAAGCCCCACUGGUCGACCUUUGUUAUUACUGAUGGGUGAAGGACACAGAAAAUUUCUUGAAGAAUUCAUUAGAUCGGCUUUUAUUUUUGAAAGGCUUGGAAAAAUUGACCACGGCAACUUGCCUCUGCAGUUAUCUUCAAAUAACUUGCACCCGGCAUCUAAUUUGCGUUUUCCAGCUAAAAUUGCACGAAGUCCACGUGGGGACAAAUAUGCAAUUGCAGAUUCCGGUAAUAACCGCAUCCUUGUUGUGGCAAAGAAUGGGGUGGUAGAACACAAGAUUGGAGGCUACCAAGCUGGUUUUGCUGACGGAAAUUUAAUAAGCGCACGCUUUAACAGCCCACAGGGUGUGGCAUUUAUAGACGAAAACGUUCUGAUCGUUGCCGACACCAAAAAUCACUAUCUUCGAAAAAUCUGUUUAACAAAUAAUCAGGUGGAUACUCUUGCUGGCACAGGGGUUCAGGGAAGCGAACGUACUGGAGGGCGCGUGGGCAUUCUGCAACCUAUAUCAUCUCCUUGGGAUGUGGCUAUAUUUCGCACACGAGAUAUGGAUAUGUCAUUUCAUCUUGAUGAACGAAACGUGCCAGAAAAGCCUAUUGUGCUCAUUUCGAUGGCCGGCACCCACCAAAUUUGGGGCUAUUUUCCCGAAGGUAUUAUUUGGUGGAAGUUCCGUAAAUUCGAGCCCCUUUGUUGUGUUGCAUUGAUCGGAAACGGUUUGGAGGAAAAUCGAAACAACUCCUACCCUCAAAAUGCAGCUUUCGCGCAGCCAUCUGGUCUGGCAAUGGCAAAGGACUAUUUGUUCAUAGCUGACAGCGAAAGCUCUAGCAUACGUAAAGCUUCAAUGAUCGAUGGAAAGGUAAUGCCAGUUGUCGGAGGAGAUCGGAACCCACUUAAUCUUUUUGCUUUUGGCGACGCGGAUGGAAAACUUUUUAAUGCGAAACUUCAACAUCCACUGGCAGUUACCUAUGACAAUGUUAAUAAUAGGAUAUAUGUAGCUGAUACCUAUAAUCAUAAGAUUAAGAUUAUUAAUAUAGAAGAUAGUAACAUAUCAACGUUGACAAUCAAAAGCCAUGACGAAACCGAUUUAAUUCUAAAUGAGCCAGCUGGGUUGUGCGUGGAUGUCGAUGGUCGAAAUCUGCUGAUUUCGGAUACAAACAAUCAUACAAUACACAUUAUAGACUUAAAAACGUUAAAGGCACAACCGUUUUCUUUGGAUUUUAGUAAAGUAACGUCUAUUAGUGAAACCGAUGCACAAGAAACAAUAAAUUUAUUAAAGGACGAAUCAACGCAUCACGUGAUUAAGGCAAUGUCUCUGCACUUUAGUGAAAAGAGUACAAUUUCUUUUCAUUUUCGCCUUUCACAAGAAUUCAAAUUUACCAAUGAAGCCCCCCAGACAUGGGUAUUAAAAACUGUAAACCGAGCCGUGAAUUUAGAUCAAUCUUCCGGAACUAUAGAUAACGGAAUAUGUAAAAUGCAGGUGCAGGUUGUUCAUCCCGAUCUCUUAUGUGAAAUCAGCAAUAUUAUGACCAUUUUUUCACUUAAUAUAUGUGAUUCAAUGUGUUGCCUAAAUAAGCAGUUUUCCGUAACUCUAAAGAGUAAAGAGCUAAGAGAAGAAUACAUACCUAACCAGAACGUUUAUAUUAAAGUCGAACGAAAAAGCAUAGGAAUUAUAUAAUUAAAAAAUGAAGUUGAAUAUUAGCUGUAUAAAUAUUUUUAUAUGUAUGUAUAUUCUUGCAAGGUAGCCAGAAGGAGGCGUCGAUAUUUUAUGGGCCGUGUUUCAGAACCCAUUCGGUUACAACAGCUACUUCUGCGUCUUUUGUUGCUUGAAUCACCUCAAUAGGGGAAGCUUUGCAAAAUUCACCGGCACGUACGACAAUGAAAGUGUUACACGUUCUCUCGUUUUACUGCCGAGAGCUCAAUAUUAAAAUAUUAAAGCGUCAAAACAAUAAAACUUUUCCACUUAA